AUUCGUCAGACGCUCAGUCCGAGGAACUUCUCAACAUGUCAGGCAGAGGCAAAGGAGGCAAAGGUCUUGGAAAGGGAGGCGCGAAGCGUCACCGAAAAGUUCUUCGCGAUAACAUCCAGGGAAUCACUAAGCCUGCAAUCAGGCGUCUGGCUCGCCGUGGUGGUGUGAAGCGUAUCUCUGGGCUCAUCUACGAGGAGACUCGUGGUGUGCUGAAGGUUUUCCUGGAGAACGUGAUUCGCGAUGCCGUUACAUACACCGAGCACGCCAAGAGAAAGACCGUGACCGCCAUGGAUGUCGUCUAUGCCCUUAAACGCCAGGGUCGUACUCUGUACGGUUUCGGCGGUUAAACACCAGAUUUGUCCCUCGACUUA